AUGGCGACCGGCUCCGGGAGAUAUCUGCGUUAUAUACUGUUUGCGGUGUUUGGGAUUGCAAUUCUAUACUUUAUUUCCACCUCGUCACUCCCCGAAUCAGCCGGCUCCCUGACCCAGGGCACGACUUUUGGCUGGGACCGGCCCGCGGAGUCAAAAUCGAGUCCUGAAGUGAAAGACUCAACCGAGCUCGUUCAUCUUCCUCAGACAUCGUCCGCUACCGAGGCGCAGCCGACCUCCGGAGCAACGACCCCGAACAUCGUCCCUACCAUCCCCUCGGAACUCUCCCCUCCCGCGCCUGGCGAACGCGUCAAUGCGACUUUCAUCACUUUGGCAAGGAACACCGAUAUCUGGGAAAUAGCGCGCUCGAUUAGACAAGUCGAAGAUCGGUUCAACCGAAACUACAACUACGACUGGGUGUUCCUGAACGACAAGCCCUUUGACGAGACGUUCAAAAAGGUCACUUCGUCCCUCGUGUCUGGGAAGACGCAUUAUGGAGAAAUCCCCGUUGAACACUGGUCCUUCCCGCCAUGGAUUGACCAGAAGAAAGCCGAGGCGGUGCGCGAGGACAUGCGCCGAAGGAAGAUCAUCUAUGGCGACUCGAUCAGUUACCGACACAUGUGCCGUUUCGAAUCUGGGUUCUUCUUCCGGCAUCCGCUGCUCCAACAAUUCGAGUACUACUGGCGAGUUGAGCCCAGCGUCGAGUUGUUCUGCGACAUCCACUACGACCCGUUCCGGUAUAUGAAGGAGAACAAGAAGAAGUACAGCUUCGUCCUCAGCUUGUACGAAUACGUCGAGACUAUCCCGACGCUGUGGGACAGCGCAAAGAAGUUUAUUAAGGAUCAUCCUGAACACAUCUCCCCUGACAAUUCCAUGGCAUUCUUGAGCGACGACGGCGGUGACACGUACAACAAGUGCCAUUUUUGGUCAAACUUUGAGAUCGGCAACCUAGACUGGCUGCGCUCACAGGCCUACCUAGACUUCUUCGAGAGCCUCGACAAGGACGGCGGUUUCUUCUAUGAACGCUGGGGCGACGCGCCUGUCCACUCAAUUGCCGCUGGUCUCCUGCUCCGGAAAGACGAAAUUCACUUCUUCAAUGACAUCGCAUACUACCACGUCCCCUUCACGCACUGUCCAACGGGCGACGACGUCCGCCUCAAGCUCCGCUGCCACUGCAACCCCGCCGACAAUUUUGAUUGGAAAGGCUACAGCUGUACAUCUCGCUUCUUCGACCUCAACAAGCUUAAGAAGCCUGCCGGGUGGGAAGCUCAAGUAUAG